AUGCUUUGGACAGACGGGAGAUAUUUCAUACAAGCCAAAAUGGAGCUCAGCAGCUCAUGGAACCUGAUGAAAUCUGGGAUGGAAGGUACCCCUGACUUGGGCGACUGGCUCUCUCAGAACCUGCGAAAAGGAGACGUGGUGGGGAUUGAUCCAUCCGUGCAUGCUGCUCUGCCGACUGUGGAGCUGCAGAGCAAGCUGCAGAAAGCCGGAAUACAUCUGCGGUGCGUCGAGGCGAACCUCGUGGAUCAGAUUUGGAAAAGCGGCAGAAGUUGGCCCAGCAGCCCAGUAAGAUUGCACCCUCAGGCUUUAGCAGGCGCCUCUGUAUCGGAGAAACUGAAGGGCGUCAGGGCAAAGAUGGCCGAGCACGGGGCGGAUGUAGUUCUCGUGACGGCAUUGGAUGAGGUAGCGUAUUUGUUCAACAUUCGAGGAGGCGAUGUUCGCCACACUCCGGUUGUUUUGGCGUUUGCCCUUGUUGACAUGGAGGGGGCUUCUAUAUUCAUUGAUGACGGCAAGGUGACAACAGAGGUUCGAAAGUAUUUGCAAGACUUGCAAGUCGAAGUCUAUCCCUAUGCAUCCUACAGCCGGGCUGUGACUGAAAGAGUGCAAUCCGGGCAGCGAGUGUGGAUGGACACCAAGCGCUCCAACUAUUCGCUGUUCUUGGCAAGUGGACAGGAAGGACCUGCAGUGACGAGGAGAUCGCCUGUUGCUGAAAUUCAAGCAUGCAAGAAUCAAGCGGAGAUUAAAGGCAUGGUGGACGCCCAUCGUCGUGACGGCGCUGCACUGUGUCGUGGCUUCGCGCAACUUGAAGCUAUGGUGAAGCGUGGGGAAGUUGUGACGGAGAUUGAUGUUGACAGAGUUGUGACUGCUUCGCGUGCUGCAGCGCUGGGAUACCUGGAUAGAUCCUUCGACACCAUUGCCGGCUAUGGGCCCAAUGCUGCAAUCAUCCAUUAUGUGGCGCAGGCAGACUCUGCCGCAACUGUCGGUACUGACUCCAUGUUAUUGCUGGACUCUGGUGCACAGUACCACGACGGUACGACGGAUAUAACUCGAACUUUGAAAUUUGGCAUUCCGACCAGCCGAGAACGCGAGUUGUUCACCCGCGUUCUCAAAGCUCACAUUGGCCUUGCAACGGCGACAUUCCCUGCUGACGUUCCGUGCUUUGUACUGGAUGCUUAUGCGACUGCCCUGGAUCGAUCAGAAGCUGCACUCGUGCUAACACGCAAGCUGUCCAGCUGCCAAGGCCCGUCGCCCUUUGUGGGAGGCUUGUGUCAGCUUCGCUGCGACUUCGCACAGCAUCGACAUUUCACCACGGUCUGCAGGUGGCAGCUGAUUACCGCCAUGGCACCGGGCAUGGGGUGGGAGCGGCACUAG